AUGAACGUUUCCGUUGACUUGGACCUUGACGACGAUCCAUGUGCUUAUGCAGAACCACGAUUUCUCUACGAAAGGUUCACCUACAUGAUUCCGAUGAUUACGAUUUCCCAUAUCGCUAUGACGGCUUCAUCGUUUCUUAUGGUAGCAGCCAGUUUCGAACGAUACUGUGUGACCGUUCAUCCACAAGCCACAAAGUUUCUCAAUCGAAACAGGAACCGGAUAGCUGCUGGCAGUGUACUCCUCGGUGUAGCCACGAAGUUCACUCAUCCAUUUGAGUUCGAGAUAACCUAUGUUCCGGAAUGCCUCGGUACAAUGGGCGAAUAUAUACUGGGCCUUUCACCAUUGGCUAUGGAUGAAGUUUAUAACGCUUACUGGCGAAUAUGGUAA